AUGCUUCGCUUCGAUUGCGCGGUUCUUGUAUCAGGCUGGAAUAAAGUUCAACAGUUAGAAGAAAAAGAUUCGACAUUGACUUUCGCUGGUAGUUUUCGAGCGUUUUUCUUCGUUACUAUGUUAUCACAGCGGGAAAAUAUUUACGUAGAAGAAGAUCAAAUUUGUGAAACUGAUGCUUGUAAAGAGACAGCUGACGGAUUGAUAUCCAACAUAGACCCAACAACAGAUCCCUGUGUUGAUUUCUACCAGUAUGCAUGUGGAGGAUGGAUUGAGAAGAAUCCCAUUCCAGAAGGAAGACAGUCCUACAUGAUUUAUGACAUACGGAAAGAAGAAGUUAAAAAUAUUAUAGCAGAUCUCAUAAGAGAGAAGGCCUUCAAUGUUACUGAACCCAAAGCUGUGCAAAACGUUGGAAAAUUUUAUCGUAGCUGCAUGAAUAGAGAUGCCAGAGAAGCAAGAGGGUUAGAGCCUCUUGCGAAACUUCUGGAAGAGCUGGGUGGAUGGCCAAUGCUUGGACAGGAUAAAUGGUCGAAAGCAGAUUACACGUGGUAUCGUCACGCUGCGGAGGCAAAUCGGAGAUUGUUGCUUGACUUGUUCAUAGAAUUUGAUCUGAAGCCUAACCUCAUCGAUAAUGAAUAUUAUAUACUUUACAUGUCAAGGGGAUCUUACAUCUUCGAUGAAUUUUAUGACUACAUUUUUAGUAACGAAAGUGCGAGCCAGGUUGUUUAUAAAUAUAUUGCCGACUGCGCUCGCAUGAUGGGAUCGUCUUUGGAUGAGGAUACUCUAAUGAAAGAUGCCGCAGACCUUCUCGAAUUUGAGUAUAACUUAUACCAAGUUGGGACAGGCAACGUAACAGAUUCGGACGAAUUAGAAUUUGAUUUUUCAUUCCUAAAUGAAAAUGUAAAGAGCACGCCAUUUUUAUACAAAGAUUUCGUCAACAGAUUCCUAAAAAGCGAUGUGCCUGUAGAAGAUGACACUCGUGUUUAUAUCUUUGAUCUUCCUUACAUUCUGGAACUCCCGGUCUUUAUGGCUAGCGUAAGCCCCAGGAUAGUGGCCAAUUACAUAUCUUUUCACGCUGUCUAUUUCUACUCCGAUUACCUAACCAAGGAGCUUCAAGAUGCAACCCAGUACUUUGAUAAGGAAAUGGGUUCCGUGUAUAAUACGACAGAAGAGAAAUUUUGCCUGAAGGCGGUCAAGAUUCUGAUGUCCGACGCUGUUGGGAGGCUCUACGUGGAUCACCAUUUCCCAGCGCUCAUGAGAUAUCACAUUACGAAGAUGGUAGAUAUGAUAAGAUUAGCGUACAGUUCAACUUUAGAUCAAAACUUGUGGAUGGAUAAGCAAACACUUCUUUACUCCUUAGUAAAACUGCAGAGUAUUCAAUCCAUGAUAGGCCACGAAGGGUGGAUUAACAAUAAUGCACUCCUAGACAAGUACUAUGAAAAGGUUUUAGACUUCAACGAGGAAGACUUUUUCGAAGCUUCGAUCAAUCUUGCUUCCAUAAUUAAUGAUGAAAAAUAUUCACGCUGGAAUAAAACAGCUACAAGGAAUGACAGCGAUUCUAUCAGCCCUUUCACAGUGAAUGCAUUCUAUUCGCCGCGAAGCAACUAUAUGACUUUACCAGCUGGUAUAUUUGGUUACCCAUUUUAUAAAUAUAACAGGAUUGAUUCGAUUAAUUACGGUGGCAUUGGCACGGUAAUUGGACAUGAAAUAAGUCACGCUUUCGAUACGUCAGGUCGAUAUUUUGAUCACAGGGGAAAUUACAGGAACUGGUGGACUCACAAAACGCUGGAUAAGUUCUUGUCGAAAGCACGGUGUUUCGCUGAACAGUAUGAAAAUUUUGUAGAUCCUCUUUCACCUUUUAAAGUCGAUGGGAAUUUGACUCUGGGAGAAAAUAUUGCCGAUAAUGGAGCCGUCAGAAACGCUUUCAAAGCCUUUCGAUUACACUUGGCUUUAUCUGGUGAAGACCUGACAUAUCGAAAGAAAUUACCGGGUUUAUCCGCAAGUCCUGAGCAACUUUUCUUCUUAGGUUAUGCUUCGGUUUGGUGCAGUAAUAUGACAGAUGAUUACAUCAGAGGCUUCCGGAUUUAUGAUGAACACAGUCCAAAUAAACUCAGAGUGAAUGUGCCAUUGGCUAACUUCAAGGAAUUCGCCAGAGCUUACAAGUGUAAUCCGGGAACUCCAAUGAAUCCGAAGAAUAAAUGUGUUCUUUGGUGACACCCUAAAAGACGCGAAGAAAGUCAUAUCUUAACUGAGUCUCUCGUCACGUUAUAGUGAUAAUUAAUUCAGUAUUUGAAGAUUUUAAUCCUAAGUUUUGAUUUGUCAUUAAUCCGAAAUUUUAGCUACAUGAAAGAAAUCAAAACAAUCGCGCAGUGCUUCUUCAAGGAAAAAUUUAUAUUGCGCUCAUGAAAAUUUCGAUUUUUAUUGUGUAACCAUUGUGUAUAAUAAAAAAUCAUUGCAUAUAUUAUUUUCCUGAGCAUUUGUCUCUUUUAAAACACUUUUUUUAAGACUUUAAAGACUUUUGAGGGCCUUUUUACGGUAUUUUUGGACAUUUCAGAACAUUUUGUAGCAUAUUCUAUUAAUCAAACUGAAAAAUAAAAUUAUCAUUGCAAUAACUCCUUUUUACUAGGCGAAGACUCAUUACAUAAUCCACCUAAUUAUAGAAAAUUAAUUAAUUAUAGAACACAAUCUCCUAAUUAUAGAACAUAACCCACCUAAUAGACCUACCCCGACCUAAUUGUUCUACAAGGUUAGUUCCACUUCUCAGAAUCUUACCAUAACCACAUUUCUUCUUAUCCUCUUUAAGGCCCUUUGUGGAUGUUCAUUUUCAUAAGAUUACAUGCAGAGGGAAAAACGCUAUUCCCUAGACACAUUCUUGGAAUUACACACACGCAACUGUAUGCAAUACGUAUUGCUACCUAAGUAAAAUCCUCUAUAUUUUCUUUUUUCCUUUAGCUGGUAUAGUCCGUCGACGGUAAGUUUGAAAAUGACUUCCGGUCUUUCCAUUCUUAAAAUGGACUAUCCGAUUAGAAAUGCUGUCAGCGCAAAAGAAGUUUUGCGACAAAAUAUUUUGCCAAACGAUUCUUUUCCCUCGAGAAAAUGCCUAAGUUGCUGAUGUAAAAAAUUAAAUGGAUAAGUUAGGUGAAGUUUCAAAACAGGUCAAGGGAAAGUUUCAAAUUAUUGCAUUUGUUAAAUUCAACAUUUAUUUGACUAAAAACAGUGGCUUCCAAACUAUGCGGAUAAUAUCUCAUAUCUUGAUGGGAGAAGUAGACACUUUUGAAACCGACGAAGAAUAAAUGAUAAAUGAUGUAAUUUGUUUUAAGUUUGCUCCAAUAACAGCAGUAAAUAUCCACAGAAGCUUCUCACGGUAUAAAAACUUGUAUACUGACAACAGAAAGUAUUUCGCGUUCGAAAAAAAUCAAGAAGAGUUUAAUAAUUUUAGGGAGUUCUAAUACAUUUAUGUAAGGUUGAAAAUGAGAAGAAAAAAACAAAUUCAACUGACAGGUAUGUGUAACUGCUUGGGUUUUAAUCCAUUUGUCAAUGUUUCUCAAAAGUGUUAUUUUUAUAGUUUUAUUUUUUAUAUCUGGGGGGGGGACUUUGGUUAAAAAAACAUUUAAGGGUGUUUUUUGCCAUUUUAAGUACAUUUUCUGCCCAUUUUUAAAGGCACUUUUAGUAACAUUUUAGGUCAUUAAUAUCCGAGCCCCGGAUGUGACUAGAAAGAGGUGUGACUAAUAUACCACCACAAACUCUUUCUUAUACAACCUUUAUUUUCGAAAUCAUUGGUCAUGGACAUUAACUUCCAGUUACAAAAAUUUUUACGUUACGCAAAUUUUAAAUUUAAAAUAUACAUUCUUUAAAAAUUAGAGAAUCUAGUAUUUUCUCACCCCAUUUUCUGUUAAAUAAAAAAAAAAGAAAAGAAAAGAAAACCUUUUUAAGUCUCUGUAAUGAAUUUCAAACGCAGCAAUAAUUCGUCUUACGCCUGUUAGGAGACUGAAACUCGUUCACGCUUCUAAAGCAAAUCAAACUCUAUAUGCCAAUACAAGUCAAACUAAGUUCUAAAGUGAGUCAAACUCUAUGUGCCAAUACAAGGUGUCCUCCGAAAACAUCGCAGAAAAAACAACGCAAGACUAAAACGCACAAAACUUCAUGGGAGAAAAGAAAGCAAAGAGCACACAUCGCAGUUCUAAAACAUUGUGGUCUGAAAUAAAGCAGUUCAAA